AUGCUCAAGGCCAGUAAGCCUACGUACGCUACGUUUGGCGCAACGACCCCGGCCGUCCAUCCACGCCGAGCUGCCUCGUGGUUUUCCCAAAUCUUCUUGACUUGGUGCACGCCGCUCGUCCACUUGGAGCAUGUACUCAACAUCGACGACAUUUGGCUGUUGGAGGACGUCAACACGGCGGAAACAAACACGAAGCGAUUCCGUGCCGCAUUUGAGCGUUCCAAAUCUGUCGAUCGUGCGUGCGUUGACGUGUAUGGUGCGUGGUUUGCGUUGGCGGGUCUGUUGGGGCUCCUCUUGCGCUUGUUGGAUUUGGUGGGACCGAUCGUCUUGCAAAAGAUUGUUGAAUCGACGGGUGGCGGCGACACAACAGUCAUUUACCGAUGGCUAGCCCUUCUGUUGGCUGCCAAAGUUAGCCGCUCCAUCUUGUGGUCACACAUGGUGAUGCUUGAAGACGUGCUGGGCAUUCGUUUUGUGGGUGCAUUGAAAGGCGCGCUUUUCCAGCGACUCGUAUCCAAGGCCACCGUGCAGCCGGAAGAAGUACCGGAUUUGGCCAACGUGUACUCGGCCGACAUGGACAGCUUGCUCUGGGCGAGCGUCUCGCUCAACAACCUCUGGAUCUUGCCGACCCAGAUCAUCGUCGUUGCGUACUUGUUGUACGAAGAAUUGGGUGUGGCCUCCUUUGCUGGACUCGGCAUGCUCGUACUCAGUCUCAUCUUGGGCGGCUACGUCUCGACCAUUCAAUCCCGUGCUUUCGACGAGGUGUCGACCGCCCGCGAUGAGCGCAUGCAAGCGGUCAAAGAGACGUUUGGGUCGAUCCUGAUCGUGAAACUUCACGCGUGGGAGCAGAAAUGCCGCGACAAAAUUCAAGCCCUCCGUGACAUCGAGAUGGGCCAUAUUUGGACGCUCAUGUUCAGCGGAGCGAUUUCGAUCUUCUACCUGUGGGCCGCUCCGUUGUUUGUCUCGAUGGCGUCUUUCGCGACGUUCACCGUCGUGCUGGGGCUACCUCUGACUGCGUCCAAAGUCUUUACGUCCUUGGCACUUUUCCGACUGCUCCAAGAACCCAUGCGUGAAAUCCCAGACAACAUUACAGCUGUCGUGGAAGCCAGAGUGUCCCUUGGGCGCAUUCAGUCCUUCUUAACUCAAGCAGAUCAGCCCACUCGCCCUGUUCCAGCCACCGCAUCGGCGUUGUCUGCGUCAGAACUACUGGGAAUGCGGCAGCGAAAAGGCUUCAUGAAGCUCUUUCGCAAGUAUUGCUCGAGCAAGAAGAGCCCCAUUGACUGGAAAGUCGUGAACCCACCUCCGGUUGACAUGGUGAUCAACAGCUCCAGCGUCGAGGCGUGCCCAAACGAUGCCAGCCUCAAACACGAAUUGCUGGAUAAGCUCGUCAUCUUAAAGCUGAACGGUGGGCUGGGAACGACGAUGGGGUGCCAAGGCCCGAAGAGCGCGAUCGAAGUGCGCCAAGACCUUUCAUUUCUCGAUCUAACCGUUCGACUGAACGAUGGCUGUUCGAGGUCUAUGCUCUGGUGA